GUACAUAUCGAGUCAGGAGUAUCCAGUCUGCAAACAUCCUUGCAGAAGUACAAUGCGCGCGCCUCACUCUAAUUCUCGGAUGUGCCAAAGUCGUCGACAUAACCUAAAGACAGAUCAAUUUCUUCCCAGCUCACCAGAGAAGCUGUCUUUUACCACUGCACAUCGACAUCUCAAGACGAACCUCAGACAAGCAGGUAGUGACAUCAAGCAACUCACUCACUCAAGUCUUUUGGUAGCGAAAGUUAUCGCUCACAGCCUUCAAACAGCGGCGGCUCUUGUGUCUUACAGUUCCUGGGCACCUCUCAAAUGGAGCUCGCCAUUGCACCACCUCCGAAGAUUGCAGCUGGAGUAACACUCCAGAUACCCAUCGUUGUAACCUUCAGCACUACAACCACGCCCGGAGAUGAGAAGCAGGAGAGCCAAGGUGCCCACGAACCAGUCGUUCUACCUGACCUAAGCGGCGUCUGGGCCAUUGUAUCUCUUACCACGCCAGAUAUGGAACAGAGCCUGGCCCCGCCACGGACCGACUUGCUGCGAGGGAGGACUGCGGACUCGAUCCAUCCGAUUAAUGAAGAGCAGGACGGGGAGCGUCGUACGCUUGCAUAUGCUACAUUCUCAGACAUCGUCAUCACCGAGCCUGGUCAAUAUCGUCUCAAAGUCAACAUCAUCGACAUGAAUAGCGCUUUCUUGGGGGAAUCCGAAGGAGCACCUACCGUGUUGCCUUGUCUGCAUUCGGAAGUUUUCGACGUAGCCGAAGGUAUUGAACAUGCUAUCUGUGAAACGAAAGUGCAAGAGACUCUCAGUCGGCUGAGAUCGAUUGGGGUUAAUUUCUAGAUCGCUGAAGCAGGUCAAUAUGGUGACACAUACAAGGCGUAUUGCAGUCCUCUCGACUCAGACCAUCGCAGUGAGGGAAAGGGCAAAUGUCUGCGUACCUUAUGCAGAGUGAGUUCGUGAAGAAGAUGCGGUCAGACUAACGGGUCUUCGUGAAUGUUCUGCGCACGAAAGUCAAGACGGACCAUUGCGAGAUCCUCCAGACGUUCUCAUUGUAAG